AUGGUGUGCUAUACAGAUAAUAAUGCGGGCAUGGCAGAUAAUGUCAACAUUUUGAAUGGGGAUAGCGUCAAGGUUCCUGAAAAUAUACGCACCCCUGAACCUGUUGUUGAAAAUGGAUCUGGCGAUUCAGCUAGCUCUGAGAUUGAAGAUGAAGUCGAGGAGCGGAGUAAAGCUUCCUCAAGCCGUAAACGGCGAGUCCUCGAUUGCAAAUUCAAGGCCUUGUUAUCAAAACGCGCUGAAGCUGUUACAGCAGAUGAUAUUAAGGCUGUGAUAAAGGCCACAGAUGAUACACAACUAUCAAUGACAAAUCUAAUUGCCAAACAGGACUACGCCUCCAUCAUUCAUGAUCCCCGUGAAUACCAGCUGGAGCUCUUCGAGAAGGCAAAGGAGAGAAAUACGAUUGCUGUCCUCGAGACUGGGUCUGGCAAAACGCUGAUAGCGGUUCUUCUUCUCAAGCAUGUACUAGAGCAGGAAUUGACAGAUCGCAGCAUUGGAAGACCGCAUCGCAUCUCGUUUUUCCUGGUCGAUAGUGUUACACUCGUUUAUCAACAGGCGGCAGUGCUGCAAAAUAAUAUACCCCAUAAAAUAGACAAAUUUUGUGGUGCAAUGCAGACUGAUCUAUGGAACAAGGAGACUUGGGAGGGCCAUUUCGAGAGAAAUAUGGUAAUUGUAUGCACUGCCGAAGUGCUUCAUCAAUGCCUGUUGCAUUCUUUCAUCCGAAUGGACCAAAUCAACCUGUUGAUCUUUGACGAGGCUCAUCAUGCCAAAAAAGAACACCCUUAUGCGAGGAUUAUAAAGGAUUUUUAUAUGAGAGGGUCGGGGAAGAGGCCAAAGAUAUUUGGAAUGACAGCAUCUCCAGUGGAUGCAAAAGUUGACGUUGUGAACGCCGCAAAAACCCUCGAGACUAUGCUUGAUAGCCAGAUUGCCACUGCCUCAAACCUUUCACUCCUGCGACAUUCUGUGGCGAGACCAAAUGAAGAGACUUGGGAGUACGAUUGGCUUGAGUCGCCUUUUAAGACACCGCUGCAUAGUCAGCUUCGUCAACAGUUUGGUGAUAUUAAAGCGCUGGAGAAAAUAUUUAAAUUCUCAUAUGAGACAUCCUCUACUUUAGGAAGCUGGUGCUCUGACUGGGUAUGGAGCUACUGUUUAAGUGAAGAAACAUUGCCAAAGCUAGAAGCCCGAUCACGCCGGCCAAUAUUGCGAAAUUUGCCUAGUGAUCCCUCUAGCGAGACUAUACCUGAGAGAAUACGUGCUGCUGGAGCUUUGAUUCGCGACCAUAAGUUUGGCGACCCAGUUGCCAAUCCAGAACUUCUAAGCCAUAAGGUUCGGGUACUGCAAGAGGAGUUGCUGCGGCGGUUCAAAGAAAAUCCAGAUACCAGAUGCAUUGUGUUUACAGCACAGCGCCAUACAGCAAGGGUUCUAAGAGAUUUAUUUAAGAAAAUUGGAUCACAGUACAUUCGACCAAAUCUAUUGGUUGGUGUUCGGUCUGGGGGUGACAGAUGUGGGUUGGAUAUCUCCUUCCGUGAACAAUUUUUAAAUGUGAUAGCAUUUAGAAAGGGAGAGAUUAAUCUACUGUUUGCUACAUCUGUUGCCGAGGAGGGGCUUGAUAUUCAAGAUUGCAAUCUCAUUGUUCGGUUCGAUCUUUACUCUACUCUCAUUCAGUAUAUUCAAAGCAGAGGUAGAGCGAGACAUACAGACUCGACAUUUGUGCACAUGGUGGAGCGUAAUAAUUUAAUCCAUGAAUCUGCGGUCGAAGAAGUCCGCCGUGCAGAGGAAGUCAUGGCCCGAUUUUGCAGGUCCCUACCAGAGGAUAGACUGCUAAAAGGACUCGGAGACGUUUCGAUUAUGGACAAAGAGCGGCAGCGGAAGACUUACACGAUCAAAAGUACAGGCGCCAAGUUAACCUACCCUUCGUCACUCGCCGUACUUGCACACUAUGCUAGCACGCUGCAAUAUGAAAAGGAGCUCUCUGCCCAGGUCAGUUACGUGAUUCACCCUAAAGAUGGUGCGUUCAUCUGCGAGGCCAUCCUCCCUGAAAAGUCACCAGUACGCGGAUGUACUGGUAAGUCUGCCUCACAGAAGAUUCUUGCGAAACAGUCAGCCGCCUUCGAAACAUGUCUUGUCCUUCGGAAAAACGGGUUGCUUGAUGAGUAUUUCAUUUCGACAUACCAUAAACGAUUACCAGCAAUGAGAAAUGCGCGCCUGGCUAUCACGUCAAAGAAAAGCAACCAGUAUAGAAUGAAAUCGAAGCCCGCGGCAUGGGAGACAGAUCGUGGUGUCACUCCAAGCAUCUUGUUUGGUACGGUCCUCUCACUCUCAAAUUCUGAGAACCUACAGAAAGAUUACCAUCCGCUUGUGCUCUUAACGAGAGUGCCUAUGCCAAAUUUCCCCUCCUUUCCUCUAUACCUAGAACAAAAUAAGGUGUGCGCAGGCAGCAGCAUGAGACUCGAACCGGGGCUCAACGCCUCACCCGAGGAGCUAGAUCUUCUUACUAAGUUCACAUUUCGGAUUUUCCAGGAUGUCUUUCAUAAAAUUUAUGAAGAGGACUCAUCUUUGGUAUCUUACUGGCUUGCCCCUGCAAAACGGGAUUUUAGAGCACAGCUCCCAAACCCUAACCCUGCCGACAUAAUUGACUGGCAAAUGCUACAAUAUAUCCGGGACACUGAAGAGCUUAAAUGGUCACCUGGGAUGCCGGACGACUUUCUAGCAAAUCGGUUCCUGGUGGAUAAAUGGGACGGGAGGUAUCGCUACUUUUCGUUCGAAGUAGACCCAACCCGACGACCCACAGAUCCAAUUCCAGAAACCAUGGCUUACCGCAGACAUAAAGACAAUCUCAUGAACUACUGUCUUAGUUUGUAUAAGAAAACGAGUGUUAAAUUUUUAGAAAAGUGCAACUGGGACCAGCCUGUCCUGCAUGCAGAACUCGUUAAGCUCCGCCGAAACUUCCUGGAUAGGGAUGAAAAUAAACAAGAACCCCCUGUGGACUAUUAUGUCUGCCCAGAGCCAUUAAAAAUUUCUUCGAUUCCUGCACCUGUCGCUGCCUUUGCUUUUGUAUUCCCAGCGAUGAUUAGCCGAAUAGAAUCAUUCCUCAUUGCACUGGAAGCGUGUGAAAAGCUGCAACUGCAAAUAAACCCUGAACUCGCCCUUGAGGCGUUGACCAAGGACUCGGACAACAUGGAAGAGCAUCGCCUGGAACAAAUUCAAUUCCAACGAGGAAUGGGAAAGAAUUAUGAACGGCUUGAGUUCCUAGGAGAUUGCUUUUUAAAGAUGGCAACGUCGAUUUCGCUCUUCGCUAUGAAUCCAGACAAUAAUGAAUAUGACUUUCACGUCAAACGAAUGCUUCUGAUCUGUAACCAGAACCUAUUCAACAAUGCAAUACCCUUGGAAAUUUUCAAAUUUAUCCGCAGCAGAUCGUUUUCACGAAGAGCAUGGUACCCAGAGGGCCUAACACUCCUUAAAGGCAAAGCUCCAAAAGAGGAACCCUCCGGACCAAUGCAUGCACUUGCCGAUAAAACCAUUGCUGAUGUUUGUGAAGCUCUAAUCGGAGCAUCGCUUUUGGCCGGUGGUCCAGUUCACAAAUUCGAUAUGGCCACGAAAGCUGUUACGAUCUUUGUUCACAGCGAUAAUCAUUGCGUGGAGAGUUGGGCUGGCUACUCGGCGCUUUACGCUUUGCCGGCUUAUCAAACGGCUAUUGCAAGUGCUUCUGAGAUUGACGUUGCGAAUCAGAUCGAGACAAAGCUGGGCUAUCAUUUCAAAUACCCAAAACUCUUGCGGUCCGCAUUCAUGCACUCUUCGUAUCCGUCUCAAUGGGCGAACGUGCCUUGUUACCAACGCUUGGAGUUUCUGGGCGACUCGUUGCUUGAUAUGGUCUGCGUAAACCACCUAUUUUCACGAUACCCAGAUAAGGAUCCCCAGUGGCUCACGGAGCAUAAGAUGGCGAUGGUAUCCAACAAGUUCCUUGGUUCAGUCGCAGUAAGCCUUAAUCUUCAUGUGCACCUUAUCUACUACGAUAGCCCGAUCCAAGGCCAAAUUACCGCGUACGCCGAAGAACUGGAGGCCAUGAAGAUACGAAUGGGGGGCAACCUCGAGGCCUGGACGUAUACGAAUGAACCACCCAAGUGUUUGCCGGAUAUCGUCGAAGCAUACCUUGGGGCAAUAUUCGUGGAUUCAAAUUUCAACUUUGAUGUCGUUGAGGACUUUUUCAAGCGAUUUAUUCAACAUUACUUUGAAGACAUGACUGUAUACGACACGUUCGCCAACAAACAUCCGAUUACAUUCCUGCACACGAGACUCGCAGUAGAUUUUGGGUGCACGUUCUAUGCAUUGAAAGCAGAUGAAAUUCCCUCUAUUGACGAGUUCACCACACGCGCCCUGGCCGCAGUCUUUGUACACAAUGAUAUUGUUGCUGAAGGACUGGCAUCGUCUCCCCGCUACGCCAAACUGAAGGCGAGCCAGAAUGCCCUCAAGGUGUUGUCCGAGCUGACCGCGACGGAGUUCCGAGCACAGUACAAAUGUGACUGCCGUGAGAAACAGGAACAGGAAGCAGAUGAGAUCCUUGAGGAGCGCCAGGUCACGUACUAUAAGUUUACGAGCAUGGAGGUCGCCUCUCCAGGAGCGUCGAAUGGCCUCCCCUCGCCGACGGCCUCGAUGACUGUUGACCCAGAGGUUGUGCUUCACUACCUAGCGGACGUCAUUCAAGGAACACUCGGGGCUUUGAGAAGGGACCUUGAAAGUACAGGAGGUCUACUAUCACAAGCAAAGUACUCCGAGACUCUCCAGAGAUGCGGACGCUUCGCCUCUGAGGCACAGAUAGCUCUUUAUGCACAUAAAGAUGCUAUUGGAACGGAACAGACGAACGGAACAGAGGAUGACUCUUUAGCGGUACAUCAUCCUCAAUAUGUCUACACUCUCAGCUCGGAGUUGUCCAUAUCGCCGACCACAACGGCGGCCAUGGCAUUCUUCAAGCCAGGGCAGCCCAUCGAUCCAGCCAUCCCUCUCUACUCUCAGAUCCAGGUCCUUACACUUCCAGGAUUCUCCUCAUUAAACAAUUCGACAAACUCACAGGGGCCACCGGUUUCACCGUACGAGAUUAUAUACUCUUUCGUCCACCAUGGGCUGUCGCCGUACUACGAAGCAUGUACUCGUGGGCAUGACGGCACUCAAGGUACAAAAGGUAGAAAUGACACCGACUCUAAGACUGGAGAGGUUCGCGCAAAACAGAAGUUUGCAGAGCUGGAGCUUGCUUUGUCACAUCUUCAACAGAACAUCGAAAUACCUGCGCUGAGCCUGCCAUUGCACGAGAUCGUCCAGGCCGCCUUAGACGAAGCCCAAGCCCGGGGCCUUGAACCUUCAGUCGAACUGGUUCCCCCGACCGUCCUAGACAACCAUGUUGUUAUCAACAGUAUACAAAACAACGUGAAUGGGUGGAUAAAAUCGAUUCAAGGUAUCACGAAAAUGUCCCGAGACCCUGAUAGCGGUUCUGCAGUUCAGGAGAUAAAUUUCUGGCUAUCCAUGGAGUCUGCCCUCGAGGGUAUCGAGACCGCCCUGCGUGACGACGGAGUACUGCUUACUAUGGAAGUUCUUCGGCACGCGAAGCGAUAUUCAACUACGCUCAGUUUUUCGGCAGACACUGGUUUGAAGGAAGCCAUGGAAACGGUGCAGAAAUACAACCAGCUUCUCCGUGAUUUCCCUCUCGAUGAACUAGAGUCAGCAACAUCAAUCCAGAAAGUACAGGAAGCUCUGAACCUCAUAUUCUCUCACUUGAACAAGAAGCUUCGCAUCUGUCCAUAUCCGAUCAAACGUGCCCUAUCUCUCGUUGCGGCGAUUUCUGGAGACCUGGACCGGACAAUCCAUAAACUGAUUCCUGGGCGAAGCAUAAUGCACUAUGAUUAUACGGAAUUCCACUCGCUCAUGCGCGCCGCCCAGAUCGUCUGGCGAACCUGGGACGAGAAUAUCAAAGAGUUUACCAACGUUGCCCGUGAUGCUAUGAGAAGACGCAAUGAGAAGUUUAUUCCCAUUAAGGUUAAACCAAAACAUGCAGAAACCCAGGACCGACUGAAGUUUAUCAACACAUUCCGCACAAACCACGAACAGCUCCAGCGAACUAUUAUAAAUGUUCUCGGCUCUAAAUCGAACCAAGGAGCUGCGUCGCUUUCUGCUGGAGCUGAUAAUUCGACAGCCCUGGAAGAGUUUGGUGAUGUGGAUGCCGUGGAACAAGUUACUCAAGCGUAUAAUGCGCUGAAGGAUGUGGACGUUCUCGACGUCAGCCCAGAAGGAACCCAGGCAUGGAUCCAGGCGGAAUCUGCUUACAACGAGCGCACUUCCCGCGUCGAAAAUUUGAUGAUUGCCCGGCUCCGUGACAAACUUGCUACAGCUCAGAAUGCAAACGAAAAAUUCCGAGUCUUUUCUAAAUUUAAUGCAUUGCUCGUACGGCCGAAGAUUAGAAGCGCAAUUGGUGAGUAUCAGACCAAGCUCAUCGACAACGUAAAGCAGGAUAUCGCGGCAUUGCACGAACGAUUCAAGCAGCAGUAUGGCCACUCAGAAGCCCACGCAAUGGCACAGCUUCGAGAUCUGCCACCUGUUUCAGGAGCCAUUAUCUGGGCCCGGCAGAUCGAACGACAACUGGAUGGCUACAUGCGAAAAGUCGAAGACGUCCUUGGUGAAGACUGGGAUCUCCAUGCAGAUGGACAGAAAUUGCAAGCUGAAAGUAACAUGUUUCGCAAAAAAUUGGACACUCGACCGGUAUUCCAAGCCUGGGUACAGGACGUUAAACGACGAAACAUUGCUAUAUCUGGCCGAUUGUUCAUUAUCUCUCGCAAUCGAGCGGCUGGAAACUCGCUCGAAUUAGCAGUUAACUUCGAUGCACAAAUCAUUGCUCUGUUCAAGGAGGUCCGGAAUCUCGUUUGGCUUAACUUUCAAAUCCCACAUGCCAUCACUAGCGUAUCGAAGGAGGCCAAACGUGUCUAUCCGUUUGCGAUUAGUUUGAUGGAGAGUGUGCGAACUCUCCAUCAGACGAUCAGAACUAUCGCGUCUAUGUCACAGUCUGCAAUUCUGCUCAACGGUUAUAAAAACGACGUCCAGGCGCUGAUAGUAAAGGGCCUUCCCCUCCGUUGGGAAUCAUUCAUCCAUUCAUAUGAGAUACACGUCAAGCAAGGCCUUGCGAAUGGAUCAGCGGACCCCUCUGUUGGAUCUGGUCGUGGCGAAAGCAAGCAUGUUCAAUUUGUUCGCGAAUUCGCAAUCUCUACUUCCGUAUUGCAAUCGAAGACUGCUACGCUGACGACUAUGGAUGAUGAGAUUCAGAAAGCUAUCCUCACCCUCAAGACCUGUCCUUAUGACGUGGCUGUCUUCCGCGAACGCAUUGAUAAGAUUCAAAUCGCCAUUGAUAAACUCAAUCUCGAGAACUAUGCGAAUCUCGGAUACUGGGUUGCGCACCUAAACAACAAAAUUGAAACGAUUCUCCAAGACCGGCUACGACGUGCACUUAGACGCUGGAUUGCAUCCUUCCAACACGCCGGGGAUGAGCAACCCACCGCUUCCCCCACCACAGAGACUGAUGGCACUGGAGAGGAGCUGGAUACCUCGUAUAUCCAGUUCCCGAAAUCACUCCACGAGAUUUCAAUGAAAAACCAAGUCAUGCAUCUGGACCCACCGCUAGAAUAUGCUAGAGCUUCGUGGUUCGCGCAAUUCGAUGAAUGGGUUGGCGUUCUCUGUAACUUGGAAAAAAUCAAGUCCUCUCGGUAUAAGAUGUCAAUUCAUGCUGACAAUGGCUCUUAUUCAGAGACCCAUUUCUCUGCCAUCCCUCAAUAUUGCUCUGAGGAAUUGAGUGAAGUGUACUCGCUUGUGGAAACACGAUUGGAGGAAAUCUCAGAGUACGUAGAUAAAUGGCUCCAGUUCCAGUCGCUAUGGGAUCUUCAAUCAUCCCAUGUCUAUGACAUUCUUGGCGAGGACCUAUCUCAGUGGUUGCAACUUCUGCAUGAGAUUCGCAAAAGCCGUGGAACAUUCGAUACCUCUGAGGUCCGCCGAUCGUUUGGAAAUGUUCGCAUAGAUUACGAGCAAGUCCAGACCAAAGUCAACGCAAAAUACGACCAAUGGCAAAAAGAGAUUCUGCUUAAGUUUGCAGGAAAGCUUGGAACCCGUAUGCGGGAUGUGCAUGCUGAACUUGAGGCUGCACGUCGAGACCUUGAGGGCCAAUCGCUAGAAGCCUCUUCUACCGCCCAAGCCGUUUCAUUUAUCACUAUUGUUCAACAAUGCAAGCGAAAAGCGAAGCUUUGGGAACCUGAGAUCGACCUAUUCUUGCAAGGCCAAGCUACCCUCAUUCGUCAACGUUACCAGGCUCCUAACGACUGGCUACCCGCCGAUCGGGUCUCUGGGGAAUGGGAUGCUCUAAACGAAAUAUUAGAACGCCGAAGUAAAACCGUGCAGGACCAGACUGAUGCUCUAAGAGCAAAGAUAUCUGCGGAAGAUAGGGUUAUCAAUGAGAAGAUUGCCGAAGCUGUCAACCAGUGGAACGAAGAGAAGCCUGUCUCCGGAUCGACGCCUCCAGAGGAUGCAUCUGCUACACUCAGUUAUUUCCAGUCCCGCCUCGAGAAGCUGCAAUCGGAAUCAGAGAUGGUGUCCAAAGCAAAGGAAGCCCUUGACCUUCCUAGCAGCCCCGAAACUGCACUUGCUGCUAUACUUGAGGAAGUGCAAGAUUUCAUGGCUGUAUGGGCUGCUCUAUCUACAAUCUGGAAGAGCUUAAACGAACUACGGGAUACGUUGUGGAAUAGCAUCCAACCGCGUAAACUUCGUCAGUCUCUCGAUGGGCUGAUCAAGAUGACCAAGGAAAUGCCCAGCCGAAUGCGCCAAUACGCUGCUUUCGAACAUAUCCAGAAUGUGCUCCGCGGCUUCCUAAAAGUUAACCCGUUGCUGUCCGACAUGAAAUCUGAGGCCGUUCGUGAGCGCCAUUGGCAAAAGAUUUUCAAGGCCCUCAAACCCGGCAAGCGUUUCUCACAGAUAUCGAUGACCCUUGGGGAUGUUUGGGAUCUACAACUUGGGCCUAGCGAAACCGUAAUUCGAGAAAUCAUUACACAGGCCCAAGGAGAGAUGGCAUUGGAAGAGUUCUUGCGAAGUGUUCGUGAAACCUGGCAGAGCUACACUUUGGACCUUGUCAACUAUCAAAAUAAAUGUCGCCUGAUACGUGGGUUUGACGAUUUGUUUGCUAAGUGCAGUGAAAAUUUGAACUCUCUUCAGGCUAUGAGACACUCUCCCUACUUCAAGGAAUUUGAAGAAGAAGCCACAACGUGGGAAGACAAACUCACCAGGGUACACGUCCUCUUCGAUGUGUGGAUUGACGUCCAGAGACAAUGGGUAUACCUGGAAGGUGUCUUUACUGGGAACGCAGACAUCAAGCAUCUCUUGCCCCUUGAAUCUGGAAGGUUUCAAAACAUCAACUCUGAGUUCUUCGCAGUUAUGAAAAAGGUCUAUAAAUCACCUCUCAUUCUAGAUGUUCUCGCCAUCACGGGUGUUCAGAAGUCGCUUGAAAGGUUAGCCGAGCUACUCCAUAAGAUUCAAAAGGCGCUGGGUGAAUAUUUAGAAAAGGAACGUGUAUCAUUCCCACGUUUCUACUUCGUCGGAGAUGAGGAUCUUCUUGAAAUAAUUGGUAAUAGCAACGACACUCUCCGAGUUGCGAAGCAUUUCAAGAAGAUGUUUGCUGGGCUUUCUGGCCUUCUAAUUGACGAUGAUGGAAACAUCAUCGGAGUCAGUUCGAAAGAGGGAGAGGAAGUCAUGCUCAAACGUGAGGUCUCGCUGGUGAAGACGCCAAGAAUAAACGACUGGCUUACAGCCUUGGACAACAACAUGAAAUCGACAUUGGCCGAACUACUAACGGAGGCAAUUGAACAGUUUGAGCCCAUCUAUAGCGGCCCAGAAGUUGAUCCUACUGCUUUCCAACACUACAUCGCCAAUUACCCAGCUCAAAUAGUAGUGUUGGGUAGCCAGGUAGUCUGGACUAACGCUGUCCAGAAAGUCCUUGAAGCUGGCGGCGAUGGACUAUCGGCAUUAUAUGAUGCUGAAGUGAGAGUCCUUGAUCUUCUUGCCCUUACUGUCCUUGGUGAUUUAGAUCCCAUCACACGCAAGAAAUGCGAGCAUUUGAUUACCGAAUUUGUUCACCAAAGAGAUGCAAUCGCAAACCUAAUGAAACUUAACGCUUCUUCUCCAACUCAUUACCUAUGGCUGCUGCAAAUGCGAUACGUCUACCAGCCGACUGGCGAUUUCUUGCAACGUCUCCACGUUCACAUGGCGAAUGCGAAGUUGAGCUACGGAUUUGAAUACCUAGGUGUUCCUGAACGCCUCGUCCGAACCCCACUGACGGAUCGAUGCUUCUUGACCCUUACACAAGCAUUAUGCCAAAGGUUGGGUGGUUCGCCGUAUGGGCCUGCUGGAACUGGUAAAACAGAGUCUGUGAAGGCUCUUGGUUUGCAGCUUGGUCGAUUUACUCUUGUGUUCUGUUGUGAUGAUACAUUUGACUUCCAAGCAAUGGGUAGGAUCUUCCUGGGUAUCUGCCAGGUAGGCGCCUGGGGAUGUUUCGACGAGUUUAAUCGUCUGGAGGAACGAAUCCUAUCUGCAGUAUCACAGCAAAUCCAAAAUAUCCAGAUUGGCCUCAAAAAUAGUGAAGACGAAACCAAAGCCCAGAUUGAUCUUGUAGGGCGUCAACUCCGAGUUAACAUGAACACUGGAAUUUUCAUUACCAUGAAUCCUGGAUACGCAGGCCGUUCAAAUCUGCCGGAUAACUUGAAGAAACUCUUCCGAAGUGUCGCCAUGUCCAAACCCGAUAAAGAGCUCAUUGCAGAAGUUAUGCUCUUUUCUCAAGGUUUCAAGCAAGCAAAGCCACUUUCUAGACAGACCGUACCAUUUUUCGAUCACUGCGCGAGCCGUCUCACAAAACAGGCUCAUUACGAUUUCGGGCUUCGUGCCCUGAAGAGCGUUCUUGUAAGCUCCGGCGGGUUGAAACGUCUACGUCUUGCAAAUUCGAAUGGAAAUAUUGGGCCGGACGAGCACAUUGAGCCUCAAAUUAUUGUUCAGAGUAUUCGGGAGACGAUUGCACCAAAACUCAUUCGAGAAGACGUUGAGACUCUGAUGGAAAUCCAAGCUAACGAUUUCCCUGGCGUUGAAUAUGUCCCCGCUAAUUUCGAGAAACUCACCCAAGCAAUUCGGGAUAUUGCCGCCGAAAAUCAUUUUGUCGCUUCAGACAUCUGGAUCGCGAAAAUUUUACAACUGUACCAGAUCCAGAGCAUUCAUCAUGGUGUGAUGAUGGUAGGAAGCUCAGGAGCUGGAAAGAGUGCGGCAUGGAAGGUUCUCCUGCAAGCUCUGCAGCGCGUCGAAGGCAUCGAAGGCAUUUCUCACAUCAUCGACUCCAAGGUCAUGUCCAAGGAAGUUCUGUACGGAAAUCUUGAUAACACCACACGUGAAUGGACAGACGGUCUCUUCACUGGUAUACUCAGAAAGGUUGUAGAUAAUCUUCGUGGUGAAGACUCCAAACGCCAUUGGAUCGUGUUCGAUGGUGAUGUUGAUCCCGAAUGGGUCGAGAAUCUCAACAGUGUCUUAGACGACAACAAGCUCCUUACCCUACCCAAUGGAGAACGACUCAAUCUACCUCAAAAUGUCAGGGUCAUGUUCGAGGUCGAGAAUCUCAAGUAUGCCACUCUUGCUACUGUCAGUCGUUGUGGUAUGGUAUGGUUUAAUGAUGAUACUGUUACCUCAACCAUGAUGAUUACAAACUAUGUUGAGUCCCUUAAGACGAAGACUUUUGAGGAUUUGGAUGAUGAUAGCGUACCAGCCGGGCAGUCGUCCGCAAAAACUCUGGCAACUCAAGGAGCAGUGGCAACUUUCCUUGGGGAACUCCUACUUAGAGACGAUGUCAUACUCAACGCCCUGCAAGAAGCCAGGAAAUACACCCACAUAAUGCAGUACAGCGAUAUCCGGGCUCUCGGUACCUUGUUUAGCCUGUUAAACAAAGCUUGUCGAAACAUCCUUGAGUACAACAUCCAACAUGUCGAUUUUCCCUUGGACCCCGAACAGGCGGAAUCCUAUAUGUCGAAGAAGCUCCUCCUUGCGCUUGUAUGGUCACUAACUGGCGACUGCCCUCUUGGCGAGCGAAAGACUUUUGGAGAAUAUGUUGUUGCUUUCUCUACCUCAGAUACCCCAAUGUUGGGUGAUUCGGCAUCGCUUAUAGAUUAUGAUGUGUCCCUACCUAAGGCGGAAUGGACCCCUUGGCAGUCUCAGGUUCCCUCAAUCGAGAUCAAUACUCAUUCAGUUACACAGACAGAUGUUAUAAUUCCAACGCUGGAUACAGUUCGCCACGAGGAUGUUCUGUAUUCUUGGCUUGCCGAACAUAAACCACUGCUUCUCUGCGGCCCACCAGGUUCAGGAAAGACCAUGACAUUGUUCUCUGCUCUGAGAAAGCUACCGAACAUGGAGGUUGUCGGGCUCAACUUUUCAAGUGCUACUACACCAGACUUGCUGGUCAAAACCUUCGAGCAGUACUGUGAAUAUAAGAAGACGUUGAAUGGUGUGGUAAUGUCUCCUAGCCAAAUCGGUCGUUGGCUGGUUGUCUUCUGUGACGAAAUCAAUCUUCCUGCACGCGAUCAAUAUGGAACUCAGCGUGCAAUUUCGUUCUUAAGACAGCUUGUUGAGCAGAACGGCUUUUGGCGUACCUCGGAUAAGACCUGGAUCACUCUUGAUAGAAUCCAAUUUGUGGGUGCUUGUAACCCUCCAACGGAUGCAGGACGAACGCCAUUAGGCGAACGAUUCCUUCGACACGCGCCAUUAGUUAUGGUUGACUAUCCUGGAGAGAUUUCCUUAUUACAGAUCUAUGGCACAUUCAACUCUGCAGUGCUCAAGAUUAUCCCCAUGCUCCGAGGAUACUCUGAGGCUCUCACAAAGGCUAUGGUGCAAUUUUAUCUGGAGUCUCAAGCUAGAUUCACUACAAAGAUUCAGCCGCAUUAUGUUUACUCCCCCAGAGAACUUACUCGAUGGGUUCGUGGUGUGUACGAGGCUAUAAAGCCACUCGAAACCUUGUCUAUUGAAGGUCUUGUCCGAAUUUGGGCUCACGAAGCACUCCGACUAUUCCAGGAUCGAUUGGUGGACGAAAGUGAACAACAGUGGACUGCUGAGUCUGUCAAACGGAUUGCUCUGGAACAUUUCCCUAAUAUCGACGAUAAUGCUGCAUUGAGCUCGCCAAUUCUCUUCUCUAACUGGCUUUCAAAGAAUUAUGUUCCAGUGGAACAAGAGCAAUUACGAGACUUUGUCAAGGCACGACUACGAACUUUCUGCGAAGAGGAGGUCGAUGUUCCGCUCGUGCUUUUCAACGAUGUUCUGGAGCACGCUCUCCGCAUUGACAGAGUAUUCCGCCAACCCCAAGGUCAUCUUAUAUUGAUUGGAGUAAGCGGUAGUGGCAAGACUACCUUGUCUAGGUUCGUUGCUUGGAUGAACGGUCUUAAGGUCUUCCAAAUUAAAGUGCAUGGAAAAUAUUCGGGCGAGGACUUUGACGAAGACCUUAGAAGUGUCCUUCGCAGAGCCGGUUGCAAGGGCGAAAAGAUUUGCUUCAUCAUGGACGAAGCGAACGUAUUGGACUCCGGAUUCUUGGAACGAAUGAAUACGCUGCUUGCCAAUGCUGAGGUCCCUGGUUUGUUCGAGGGUGACGAAUUUGCUUCCCUAAUGACCGCAUGUAAAGAGGGCGCACAGCGACAAGGACUCCUCCUGGAUUCACAAGAAGAGCUUUAUAAAUGGUUCACUCAACAAAUUGUCAACAACCUCCAUGUCGUCUUUACGAUGAACCCCCCUGAAGAUGGCUUAUCAUCCAAGGCUGCUACAAGUCCUGCGCUCUUCAACCGAUGUGUUCUCAACUGGAUGGGAGACUGGUCUGACCAAGCUCUGUACCAAGUAGGCUAUGAACUUACGCAAUCAGUCGACCUUGACAAACCCAGCUUCGUUGCCCCGGAUAGCAUACCCGUCGCAUACCGUGCUCUCUCCCUACCCGCCUCUCACCGUGAUACUGUGGUCAACGCUAUGGUCUACGUUCAUUACUCCCUACACAGGUUCAACCAACGCCUACAAAAGCAGCAAGACAGGUCCACCUUCCUUACUCCACGUCACUACCUUGACUUCGUGGCACACUACGUUAAGCUAUUUAAUGAAAAGCGUGAAGACUUAGAAGAGCAGCAAAGACAUCUUAACGUGGGUCUUGAGAAACUUCGAGACACUGUUGACAAAGUACGAGAUUUAAGGGCUAGCUUGGCUCAGAAAAAGAACCAACUUGAAAAGAAGGAUGCUGAAGCGAACGAAAAACUUCAGCGAAUGGUUGCCGACCAACGUGAAGCUGAACAGCGCAAAUCGGCAUCUCUCGAGAUCCAGACAGCAUUGGAGAAACAGGAGAAGGAAGUUGCCAGCCGGAAAGAAAUUGUGCUACACGACCUUGCAAAUGCCGAACCCGCGGUUCUUGAGGCACAAAAGAGUGUCAGCAACAUCAAGAAACAGCAUCUUACUGAAGUUAGGUCAAUGAGCAACCCUCCAGCAGGUGUCAGACUUGCGUUAGAAUCAGUCUGCACCCUUCUUGGACACAAGGUUGAGACCUGGAAAACAAUUCAGGGUAUUGUUCGCAAGGAUGAUUUCAUUGCCAGCAUUGUCAACUAUGAUAAUGAGAGACAAAUGACCCGUCACCUCCGGACCAAGAUGCUGAACGAGUUUCUUUCUAAGGACGAAUUCACAUACGAACGAGUUUACCAUGCUAGCAAGGCUUGUGGACCAUUGGUGCAGUGGGUGCAGGCGCAGGUUAAUUACUCUGCGAUCCUAGACCGUGUUGGACCUCUUAGGGAGGAAGUGGGCCAGCUGGAGGAGCAAGCAUUGCAAACGAAGGCAGAAGCACAGGCCAUUGAGAAUACCAUCAACGAUCUGGAAGCUAGUAUUGCGUCAUACAAGGUGGAAUACGCAGCCCUCAUUAGCGAAACCCAGGCCAUCAAGACCGAAAUGUCUAGGGUUGAAUUCAAGGUUGACAGAAGCGUCCGUCUCCUCGACAGUCUCUCCUCAGAAAGGUCCCGAUGGGAAGAAGGAAGCAAAACAUUCGAAACACAGAUAUCAACUCUUGUUGGUGAUGUUCUUAUUGCGGCUGCGUUCCUUGCCUAUGGUGGUCUCUAUGAUCAACAAUUCAGAAAAGCAAUGGUUGACGACUGGAUGCAUCACUUGUCUCAGUCAAAUAUUGAUCUAAAACCACAUAACCCGGUGACAGAGUACCUUUCAAAUGCAGACGAGAGGCUGUCGUGGCAAGGAAAUUCUCUCCCCGUCGACGAUCUGUGCACAGAAAAUGCCAUAAUUCUCAAACGCUUCAACAGAUACCCCCUUAUCAUUGAUCCUUCUGGUCGUGUCACGGAAUUCUUAGAGAAAGAGAAUAGAGACCGGAAACUCACUGUUACUAGUUUCCUAGACGACUCGUUUGUCAAACAGCUUGAAAGUGCUCUCCGCUUCGGAAACCCUAUACUUAUUCAAGACGCCGAACAUUUGGAUCCGAUUCUCAACCAUGUUCUCAACAAAGAAUACCAGAAAACCGGUGGUCGUGUGCUCAUCCAACUCGGCAAACAGGAAAUUGAUUUCUCGCCAGCCUUCAAGCUCUUCCUUUCUACUCGAGAUCCCUCGGCUUCAUUCCCACCAGAUAUUUGCAGUCGAACAACUUUUGUCAACUUUACUGUCACACAAAGCAGUUUGCAAACGCAGUCUCUUAAUGAGGUGCUGAAGUCUGAACGUCCAGAUGUUGAUGAGCGCCGAACAAACCUUAUAAAGGUGCAAGGUGAAUUCAAGAUCCAUCUUCGUCAAUUAGAGAAGAAGCUGCUCCAGGCAUUGAACGAAUCCCGCGGAAAUAUCCUUGAUGAUGACAAUGUCAUUGAAACUCUGGAGACUCUAAAGAAGGAAGCAUGGGAAAUUUCCAACAAGAUGGUCGAGACUGAAGGUGUGAUGACAGAAGUCGACAAUAUCACGCUGCAAUACGACAUCAUCGCAAGAUCCUGCAGCGCUGUCUUCGCUGUCCUCGAGCAGCUUCACCACCUUAAUCACUUCUAUCAAUUCUCUCUUCAAUAUUUCGUGGAUAUUUUCAACGAUGUCCUCCACAACAACAAGAGACUUGCCCAGGAGCGUGACUAUGCCGCACGAGUUAACAUUAUCUUGCGAGACCUCUUUAUUGCAGCUUUCCAACGUACUUCGCUCGGAUUACUCCAGAAGGACCGUGUCACGUUGGCUGUUCUCCUCGCCCAGGCUUCGCCAUACCCUAUGGAUAAGGGCUUAAUAGACAUGAUACUAGAUACUACCGUCGAAGGCUUUGAUAUAUCUACCGAUAACAGUCUCAGAGAAACAGCAAUGGCAAAGGUCGCCCAGAUGUCAGUUUUCAAGUCGACUUUACCAAACAUCUCGGCAGAACAAUGGGAUUCAUUCCUUUCCGAAGAAUUUGCUGAGAACUUUAUCCCUCAUGUUUGGGAAGAAGGCACAAGCGCUUUUGAUCAACAGCUACGCUCGUUACUCCUUGUCAAACUUCUUCGACUUGACCGCUUCGUUCCUGCAGCUGAACGCUUCGUCGUUACAGUAUUCGGCAAAGAUUUGCUCGACCACGGCGGUGACCUAAAAGAGGUUGUUGAUCAAGUAACGUCAACCACACCAAUCGCCCUUAGUUCUAGUCCAGGGUUUGAUGCAAGUUACAAGGUGGACGGCCUUGUCGAGAGAACGCACAGGAGCUGCGCCAAUAUUGCGAUGGGUUCAAACGAAGGUCUCGAGAGCGCAGACAAGGCGAUUAGCAAUGCAGCAGCAACUGGAAACUGGGUACUUGUCAAGAAUGUCCAUCUUGCCCCAUCUUGGCUUCAAAGCCUUGAAAAGCGUCUCGAAUCACUCAAGCCCCAUAAUGACUUCAGACUGUUUUUGUCCAUGGAGUCAAGUCCCAAGAUACCGGUGAACCUAAUUAGAGCAUCAAGAGUUUUGAUGUAUGAACAACCAGCUGGUGUUCGCGCGAACGUGAAGGAUUCCCUGUCGUCUCUGAGCCUAAGGGCAACGAGCCCACCUGUCGAAAAGGCUCGUCUCUACCUUCUGCUGUCGUUCCUGCAUGCAGUUAUUCAAGAAAGGCUUCGGUAUGCGCCCAGCCUUGGAUGGAAGGGCUUCUGGGAGUUCAAUGAUAGUGACUACGAAUGUUCUGCAUUCAUCAUCGAUACCUGGGUUGCCUCCAUCGCCCAAGGCCGCUCGAACGUCGCCCCACAGAAGAUCCCCUGGGACCUAAUCCGCACGUUGAUCACAGAAACUUACGGCGGCAAGAUCGAUGAUGCCGGGGAUUUCGCACUCCUUGCCAAACUCGUCGACACUUUCCUCACCCCUGCUGCCUUCGAAGACGAUCACAGGCUGAUCCCAGAUGUAGAAAACGACGAAGCUCUUAUUCUACCAACCUCUACCGGCAUCCAGGACUUCCUUGCAUGGGUGAACCGACUGCCAGAGCGAGAGCCGCCUACAUAUCUAGGUCUGCCUGCGAACGCCGAAAAGCUGCUGCUAGUCGGUCACGGCAAAUGCAUGAUCUCAAACCUAUCAAAGGUCACCACGCUCCUUGAUGAGGGUGAGCAACUGAUGGUUGAAACGGCAACCAUUUAG